AUGCGGGAAGCGAAGCUGGAACCCAACGUCAUCUUCAGCUACAGCGCUGGGAUCAGCGCGUGCGAGAAGGGCGAGCAGUGGCAGUGCGCGCUUGAGCUGCUGGGCGAGAUGUGUGAGGCGAAGCUGGAACCCAACGUUAUCCUCAGCUACAACGCUGGGAUCAGCGCGUGCGAGAAGGGCGAGCAGUGGCUGCGGGCUUUGGCGCUGCUCAGCGAGAUGCGGAAGGCGAAGGUGGAGUCCACCGUCAUCAGUUACAGCGCUGGGAUCAGCGCCUGCGAGAAGUGCUGGCAGUGGCAGCGGGCUUUGGCACUGCUCAGCGAAAUGUGGGAGGUGCACAUGGAGCCCAAUAUCAUCAGCUGCAGCGCUGGGGUCCUGGCUUGCGAAAGAGCCGGGAAAGGGCAACAAGCGAUUUGGUUGCUCACCGAGACGCGGGAUGCGAAGUUUGAGUCCAACGUCAUGAGCUUCAGUGAUGCAAUCGUUAUGGCAAUGCGCAUGUAA